GAGAAUUACAAAAUUGGGCCGCGUAUACUUUUUGUCGGCUCCAUUGUGGCAUCAGAAUAUCAAUUUUAUAUCACGUAGAUAGUGUGUGCAUCAAUGGGAUGUUGAGCUUUGAAUUAAUUUUACAACUAGGAUUAGAUGAUUAAAAAAAUUAAAAAUACCUGAGUAUUAAUCUCAUCUCGCGCCAGUAGUACUUUAAGCGAUGAUAUUUACAAAAGCGUUGUUAUUGAGUGCUCUCGGUUUGUGCUGGGACUGUUGGUGAACUAUAUUGGAUCAGAGUAACUCUAGGAUUUUUCUAUUUUCUCUAGUGGAGUGAACAUGUUCAAAUUCACAUCGAAAAAAGUAUUAUUUGUGUCUGGUAUUGUGGCUGUAAUUCUUGCAGCUGUAGUAAUCGUACUGUUCAUCAUUUUUCUCCCACCCGGCGACAAAACGAGAAUUGGUGCUAUUGUAACUAAUGGCAAACUCUGUGCAGACAUUGGAACAUCGAUCAUCAAUAAGGGCGGAAAAGCUGUUGAUGGUGCCAUCGCAGCGCUGUUUUGCGAGGGCGUCUCCAUGCCACAGAGCUGUGGUUUGGGGGGUGGUUUUUUGAUGUUGAUCUAUGACAAAGAGUCCGGUGAGGUUCACGCCCUGGACACCAGAGAAACAGCCCCAGCUGCCGCCUAUGAGGAUAUGUUUCAUGGCGACAGCAGUUUAUCGGUUAGAGGAAUACUUUCUGUCGCUGUGCCUGGUGAAUUGAGAGGUUACUGGAUGGCUUACAAAAGGUUUGGAGGAGGAGUACCUUGGAAAGAUAUAGUUCAGCCAACGAUCGAUUUAUGCAGAAAUGGCAUCCCAGUAACGAAAUAUCUGGAAGGCAUAUUUGCUUUGAACAAACAGUGGUUGAUGGCAGAUCCUAAUCUCAAGGAAAGUUUCAUAAACCCCUUGACGAAUGACACUUAUAAGGAAGGGCAACAAAUAAGGAGGUUGAAAUUCGCAAAAACAUUGGAGGUGAUAGCUGAAGAAGGAGGGGAAGCUUUGAACAAUGGCACUUUAACAGAUCAGCUUGUGGAAGAUAUCCAUAAGUUGGGAGGCAUCAUAACGAAGAAAGAUUUAGUCGAAUACUCGCCAGUUUGGGUGGACCCAAUAAAGGUCACUCUACCGUUCAACCAGACAUUGUAUACCGUCCCACUGCCAGGUUCAGGUGCUCUUCUGGUCUACAUAUUGAACAUGCUACAGCUUCAGAUGGACCUAUCCGAUCCAGAAUCCCUGUUGAACUUGCAGAGGACUGUGGAAAGUUUCAAAUUUGCCUACGGCAGCAGGACUCUGUUGGGUGACACGAGAACGCCUGAGAUGGACGAGUUCGUGAAGGAUUUGGCCUCGUUGGACGUAGCGAAGAGAACCGUAACGAAAAUCAAAGAUAACGAAACUUCGCAAGAUCCGACAUACUAUGGUGCCCAAAUUUCGAAUCCUGAUAACCAUGGAACAGCUCAUAUAUCAGUUCUGGCUCCAAAUGGGGACGCUGUAUCAGUAACCACGACAAUUAACCAAUAUUUUGGAUCUGGGGUGUCAGCGGAACACUCUGACGUCAUCCUAAACGACGAAAUGGAUGAUUUUUCUUCGCCAGGCAUAGUGAGCAAUUUCGACAUCCCCCCUUCCAAAAACAACUACAUCGAACCUGGCAAGCGACCCUUGUCAUCUAUGUGCCCUACGAUAGUCCUGGAUAAGGAUAAAGAUGUCAAGUUGGUCAUCGGCUCUGCAGGAGGCACUAAGAUCACAACAGCUGUAGCAUUGGGUAUUGUGAACCAUCUGUGGUUCGAUAUGGACAUCAGGGACGCCAUCGACAACUGUCGUAUUCACCAUCAACUCUUCCCGAUGGCAGUACAGGCAGAGGAAUGCUUCAGAACCGAUGAGUUCCAGAACUAUAUGGGUGGAAUAGGACAUCAGAUACUCUUCAAAGGGUCAGAUGGCUUCUCUGCUGUGACGUCUGUCUCGAAUAAAAGUGAUAUUUCGGCUUCUUUUGAUAAAAGAAGACCAGGUGAUAUAUCAUACAUUUAUGGAUAAGUUUAAGCUGUAAGUUUAUGUUGUUCAAAUAAAUUAUUUAUUUUUUGA